AUGGUGAUGGAGGCGGUGCUGGCCCUGGAGAGCGCCGGCCUGGCCCGCCUGCUGCGGGAGCCGCGGGAGAGCGGCCGCACGCUGGUGCUGGACUGCCGGCCCUUCCUGGCCUUCUGCCAGGCGCACCUGGCCGACUCGCGGCCGGUCCACUGGAACGGGCUGCUGCGGCGCCGCUCGCGGGGCCGGAGCGGCGUGAGCCUGGAGUGGCUGGUGCCGGACCGCGCGCUGCUGGGGCGGCUGCGCAGGGGCGAGCUGGCCCACCUGGUGGUGCUGGACGAGGCCAGCGGCGCGGUGGCGGCGCUGCGGCCCGACAGCCUGGCCCGCCUGCUCCUCAACGCCCUGCUCCGGGAGGACAGGCCGCCCGCCUCGCGCGUUUACCUGCUCAAAGGUGGCUUUGAGAAUUUCCAAGCCAAUUUCCCUGAACUCUGCUCUGAGACUCCUAUGUCAACUCCUUCCCCAGCUCUGAGAAGCCCUGAAGACAACAGCAACGAAGCCAUCACACCCCUGUAUGACCAGGGUGGGCCAGUAGAGAUUCUCCCCUUUCUGUACCUGGGCAGCUGCUAUCACUCCUCCAACAGGGAGGUUCUGGAGUCCCUGGGGAUCACUGCUGUCCUCAACGUGUCCUCCAGCUGCCCCAAUCACUUCGAAGGACAGUUUCUCUAUAAAAGCAUCCCGGUGGAGGACAACCACAUGGCUGAGAUCAGCGUUUGGUUCCAGGAAGCCAUCAGCUUCAUUGAUUCGGUCAAAAACAGUGGUGGGCGAGUGCUGGUCCAUUGCCAAGCUGGCAUCUCCCGCUCUGCCACCAUCUGCCUUGCCUACUUGAUCCAGAGCCGCCGGGUGCGGCUGGAGGAGGCCUUUGACUUUGUCAAGCAGCGCCGUGGGGUCAUCUCACCCAACUUUGGCUUCAUGGGGCAGCUCUUGCAGUUUGAGACAGAGGUGCUGUGCCAUUAGCGCAGCGGCCCCUUAUUGCCUGUAAAGCCAGUUGGUAGGAAGCGGGCAGGCCACCCUCCUUCCGAGGACAGAGAGACUGAUAACGUGUGUUUCUGUUUACAUCCCUAUGGGGGCGCUGUCACCCAGGACAAUAUCACUUCUUGAUUGCACUAAAUGAUGCCGGAGGAUCCCUUUGGGGAGGGGAAUCCCUUCUGCCGCCAGACAAGACUCUCUCUCUCUCUCUUGGCUGUUUUAAACUGCCCUGCUCUUAACCUGCUCAUUGCACAAUAAAUAUAUUGGAUAAGGGCAGUGCAGGGUGGGUUGGACAGUGUGGAGGGGGAGCCGUCCCACUUCCUCCACUGGUGAAUCAUUGUAAGGCCAGAACUCUCCCACUGAAGUUGUAAA